AUGGAGCAAGAGAAUAACCACUAUACUGCAGCAUUUCAGUUGCAUGCAAAUGAAUUGUCUGAAGUCUACACUGCUGACCUGCUAAAACCAGAAGAUGUUAUCCAGAGAAUCUUAACAGCAAUGACUCAAGUUUAUGGGGCUACCAAAGACAUGGGGAAGAUGCUGGGUGGGGAUGAAGAGAAAGACCCAGAUGCUGCCAAGAAAGAAGAGGAACGACAGGAAGCCCUCAGACAAGAAGAGGAAGAGAGGAAAGCCAAAUAUGCCAAGAUGGAAGCUGAAAGAGAAGUUAUGAGACAAGGGAUUCGAGACAAGUAUGGGAUAAAGAAGAAGGAAGAAAAGGAAGCAGAGGCCCAGGCUGCACUGGAAGCUAAUGCUGAAGGGAGUCUCACGCGCCCAAAGAAAGCAAUCCCUCCUGGCUGUGGGGAUGAAGAGGAGGAGGAAGAAGAGAGCAUUCUAGACACAGUCAUCAAAUACUUGCCAGGGCCCCUGCAGGACAUGUUCAAGAAGUAA